CAUACACAAGCAUCUUUGCUCUUCUUUAGUAGAUGCAGGAUGUAGCUAUAUCGUUUUGUUUCACAUUUACCCUUGAUUCUAUACGUGACGAGACACUUGAACAAUGGCGAAGUUAUCAGUUUGUUGCCUUUUGAUGUUUUUGGGUGUCGGUAUUUACGCUCGACCGCAUGAACUUGCCAGGAGCAGAUCUCGACGCGGGGUGGCGGACCCAGAUCGAUACCUCGAACGGUUUGGUUACCUCGUGAGUGGAGGCUUGGGUAGACCAGGUGUCCAACACAGCGAAGAAGCCAGGUCGGAGGGAAUCAGGCAAUUCCAAAAGAUGGUUGGAAUCGAGGAGACAGGUAUGCUGAAUGAAGAAACCUUGGAAUGGAUGGACAAACCGCGGUGUGGUAUGCCUGAUAGAGUGCCUGAGGGUGCCGCCUCGGACCUGCCUGAUGGGGUGGUCAUAGCUCAAUCAUACACAGUGCCAGGUUCCAGGUGGACGAAGAAUUUUCUUACCUACAAAAUUCACAAUUUCUCACCAGAUUUGUACGCGGGGACGCAGCGGCGAGCUUUCCAUGAGGCGUUUAAAUACUGGAGUGAUGUGGCCAACCUGGAGUUCAGGGAGACUAGCGGCAAGGCCGAUAUCAACAUCAGGUUUGCUUACGGUGUACAUGGUGAUGGACAAUACAAUGGCUUUGAUGGCCAAGGUGGCAUUCUAGCCCAUGCAUUCUUCCCCGAAAGCGGUGAGACCCAUUUCGAUGAGGGUGAACUGUGGACGGACGGUGAAGAUCGCGGCUCCAACCUUGCCAUUGUCGCUGCUCAUGAGUUAGGCCAUGCGCUGGGUCUGGCUCACUCAGCGGUCCAUGCGGCGCUCAUGGCCCCAUACUAUGCAGGUUAUAUCCCCAACUACCAGUUGCAUCCAGAUGACAUUGCUGGAAUACAGUUGCUGUAUGGACCCAGACGAGGAAUACAACCGCCAAGACGCACGACCACCACGCGGCGCCCACGCAGAACACGGCCCCCGCCCCCGACCACGACGACCACCACGCGUCGUCCAACAACUACCACGCGGCGCCCACGCAGAACACGGCCCCCGCCCCCGACCACGACGACCACCACGCGUCGUCCAACAACUACCACGCGGCGCCCACGCAGAACACGGCCCCCGAUCAUGACGCCAGAACCAACGACAACAACGACAACAAUGCGUCCAACAAGGAAACCGACCACUUCCUUUCCCGAUCCAUGCACUACAAAAUUUGAUGCUGUAUUUUAUGGUCCAGAUUACAAAAUCUACGUUCUGAAGAGUGAGUGGGUCUACCGAUUAGGUAACAAUGGCGUGGAGCGGGGCUUCCCAAUCCUGGCACGGACUCUCCUGAAUGGAUGGGUUCCCCAGAACAUCGGCGGGGCAGCGUUCUCCAGGAGAACACGAAGGCUUUACUUAUUCAAAGGAAAGCAGGUUUGGCGUUACCAGUUUAAUCGGAACAACAGCACCUUCUCGAAAGACCCCGGUUUCCCAAGGACCAUGGCCAGUUCACAGUAUCCCAAGAGUGUGGAUUCGGUGAUUACUGACAGGGCGGGACAUAUUUAUCUCUUUAAACAUGGCUUCUACUACACGUUCAGUGAGUACUACCUGACGGUUGACCGUCAUCAACCCCGCACUAUCAGCAGCCGCUUCACUGGUAUCCCUGACAACAUAGAGGCGGCAGUCAGGCUGAGGGAUGGCUACAUGUAUUUCUUCAAGGGAACCAACUAUAGGAAAUUCUUGGAUGGUUACGGUGUGGUGGCUGGGCCAAAGGCGAAAGCCGGUCCAUGGAUGGCAUGCGGGGGCGCCCAACCCAAGUAAUCACAAGUCCUCGAACUGAUCGAGUUGCCCAAGAAAGAAAACAUAGUUGAAAUAUAACAUUGAACUUAUUAAAACUUCACUGCGACAUCGUGCAAAAGCUCAUUCUUAGAACAUAAAACUGUGUUCGUGCGAUGGAGUUUCACGUGUUUCAUGUUUGAAGAGAAUGGUACUGGUAUUUUGUGUUGAAGCAAAUAAUGUGAGUCAGGCAUUUGGUUAUAUCAUGUGUAAAUUGUCUGACUUUCAUUUGGAAUCUGCUUUGAGAGUACAUGUAUAUCAAUAAAAUGAUACAAUUUAGAAA